AUGUCACUACGGCUCAAGAACAGAAGCAGUAGCAGGUCACAGCUGCCAGCUCAGGAUGUUGAACCGACCUGGAAAGUUAUCAUCACAACAUCCACGGAAGUCGAUGUCUGGGACGGCAUAAACACCAAGUAUGACACGGUGUUUAAAUCCGGGACCGAAGGCAUUGUCGCUGCUAGGCUGGCUAAGGAUGGGAACGUCCUCGCUGUGGCUGGAUCUCUGGUUGUCGUUUUACAUAGGAUCGAACAAGGACAGCCGAAUUCCUACAGACUCAGAGGAACUGAUUCCACUCGCCUGCUCGAGUAUGCUGCCGAUGGCAAAAACCUCUUUUUGAAUAUUAUACUCCGAAAUGCUAUUCAAACAUACAAUAUUCGUGAUGAUAAAUUCUCGGAGAUCCUCAAACCGCAUCCCUCACCAGUCACCACGUUUGCAACAUCCUUUGAUUCAGCUCUUGUGCUCUCUGCAUCUAAGGACCCACCAACUCUUCAUUUGGACAACCUGAGUCUUAGAACGACCUACCAUCUGAAGCCGCAGGCCUCGAACCAGAAAGCCAUCCUAGCGUCUUUUCAUCCUACGAAGAAGAACAUCUUUUUAAUCUCAUUCGCCGAUGGUGUUUUAGCUGCGUACGAUUACGCAAAGACUGCAAAAACUGGACAACAUAUCCAUGCAUUUGGCCAUUUGCAUGAUGCGAUGAUGGGCGGAAAGGGACUGACAGCUGCAGAGUUUAUCCCAUGCCCUCAAGCCAGAGCUGUAUCAGUUGGUGAAGAUGGGAAAUGCAUAAUUCUCGAUUUCGAGAAGAAGACCGUUGUUAGCAGUUUCAAAAUCGGGGCACCAGCUACAUGCCUUGCCAUCAGGUCUGAAGAUGGGAAGAAAGGCACCAAAUGGUUAGCUGCUAUUGGAACUUUUCACGGGUGGUGCUACAUCUAUGACCAAGAUGGAAAUCGGUUACACGAAAUCCAAGUGGAACGGGAAAACAGGGUCCGCGAAGUUAGGUGGAAGCUAGGGGAUGUCAAAUUACCUGCUACCACUAUUGAAUCUACCCCUUCUAGUAUGCCCACUCGCAGGGCCAACGGUUCGGUACCCCUUCCUGCUAGCCGCGCGCCACUCCAAUCAAAAUUUAAGCAGACUCUGCCAACAGCGAAAGAGGAAGAACCCAUCGUUGCUGCAGAAAAGCCAGCGGCGCCAAUCGAAUUUCCUCCUUCAUCGCCCGUGACUCGGGUUCCUCCCAACCCAAACAAGCCUCUCCCGAAAGCUCCACCCGGAGCCGAGAAGGAAGACUCAUGGGAAGAUGUUGAAGAAACGUUUGAGGAACAGAAACCCGCAUGGGAGGAUCUUCAAAAAGGGUUCACCACGGAUUACAUGAGUAUAUUUUCACCAGUCAAGACUGAGCCAUUAAAGAAUUCCCCUAGGAGGAGAAGUGCAAGAUUGAGUAUUCGAUCUGUUCAACAUUCCCCGGACAAGGAGCAAGGCGACAAGAUUGACAAAUUGAUCCGACAAGAUGAGGAGGGAUUGUUGAGACCGAGUGUUUCGUCCCCAACCUUGGCCAUCGCGAAGCCGAGAACCCCUGGGAAGAAGGUUGUUGCUCCAGGGGAAGUAAAAUCCGUUCAACGAGCAAUGACGGAAUUACCGAAACAAAAGGGCUCGAGAAAGGAACAAGUCAGAAGAGAGCUUGAUCAGGAAUUCAAACAGCAGAAACUACCACCGCCACCGCCACCAAUGAGGCCAGCCCCGGAACCAGCUCCACAAGCAGAAGAAGUCAAUGAGUUAAAGCCCGCUGUACCCUUGAAAGACGAGGCAAGACCAGAGCCUCCCAAGAGUCGGGAUUUUGCGCCCCCUUCUACACUACCUACAGGGCCUCCCCUUCCUUCGACUGAUAGCAAAGCGGUUGAAGAUUUCCGGAAGGUUCGGGCUAAACUAGAGUCUGGACACGGACACCCAGUCUUAUCCUUGUUUUCGUCACACCUUCCUAAUCAAAAGUCUAAGAAUGAUGCUAGUGUUCCUGAAAGUGUGGAGGGUAAGGAGAACUCUACAAGCAGCAAAGCAGAUGCGAAGGCGGAGAGAAGAAGGGCUAAGCUGGAAGAAAAGGAGCGAAGGAAGUCUGAGAAAGAAGAAAAGAAACGAAAGAAGAAAGAAGGGAGUUUCCCACCCGUCUCGGAUCUCGUAUUUGAGGAUGAAGAUAUGGAAAUCGAUGGCCCACCGUAUCUUGACCUUCCGACGUUGUCACCAAAAGGUGGUAGUGCUAAACGAAAGGCGGCAGAUGAUCCUUAUGAAGCUACUAGGGAGGAGACCUCUCGAAAUGCGCCUAGAUUGGCCUCCAAGGGCAAGGGGAAGCAGAAGUCACCAGUCCCAGAAGAUAUUUGGAUGCCAGAGGAAGUUCGUAAACCACAUAAACGUGUCAAUGUUGGGGGCAGUUCCCCAAAUAUGAGGAGUAGUGGACUAGCUAUGUCCGCCACCAGCACACAAAAUGGGAUGAUGAGCAUUCACGAUAUGAUCGCCGAUUUGAAGACUUCAUUCAACCAAGAAAUGGGGGCUCUAAAGACCGAGAUGAAAAAUAAAUUUAAGCAGCAGGAUGAGUUUUUGGAAGGGUUGAUUAAGGGCGAGAGAGGAGAAGUGAAAUUUUUGAGGGAUGAAAAUGAGAGAUUGAGGGCUCAGAUCCGAGAGCUGACAGAGAAGUAG